CACACUCCAAGUCGCAAUCCUUAAUGCUACGAUUACGAAUACCUACAAAUUAAACCUUAUAGAGAGAACAUUGGUGGACUGUCAGUCAGUCGAGUUUAUUAAAUUGCACGCUGUAACGAGUGCGUGUACGCGUUCGUCCUGUUAACCUAUUGCGCUGAUCCGAGCCAUACCGUAUGCGCGCCUAAUUCGAAAUUUCAUCAUUCGCUGGUGAGGCUCGAGUUUGAUAACCGAUUCGAAGUUAUAAGUUUUCAGCAAAUUAUCAGUAGUGUGAAUUUCAUCCCUGAAAAGCCCCCCCGCUCGUUAGAAAAACCGCCCAAAUUAACGCAAUUUGCCGGUUUUGUCGCGAAACUAUGCGAAAAUUUUACAUCUACCGUUCUUGUGUGUGACCAUAUGUUGACCUGUGAAAAUAGUACGUUAUUUCAACAUACUACUAGUGUGCCCAAUUUGUUAUAGUGUGAUUUUUUUUCGACUUUGUUCGAUUUUUAUGAGCAUUUUACGUGAACUUGCAGAUUCAGCUGAUACAGAGUUAUGUCGUCCAGAUACCAUACGUCGACGGUGACGUCGAAUUAUAACACUAAUAGCGAUAAUAGACUAGAUGAAUUAUUGGAAGAUUUACAAAGCACCGUUGCCACAAGGCCUAAGUGGAAUGGUACAACGUCGUCAUCGUCGUCGUAUCGAGAUGGAUCCACCGGAUACAAAGAAACCUUCAAAUCGGUCCAAACACAAAGCACAGGAAAACCUGCUGAGUCUUCUAGGGAAUAUCAAUUCGAGUAUUUGAAUCCGUCGAAUAACACGUGUGUCAUACCAGAACGUCCGAAAAGUCCGUUCUAUGAUAAAGAAAACAAGACAGUUUCGUAUCAUUCUAAUACCAAGAAAACUGAAAAUCAAACAACUCCAAUGACAGAAAAACCCGGAGUGAAAUUCAGGCAAAAUAUUAACGAAUUAGACACCCUAUUGGAUGAUCUGAACCACACUCAAAAAAUGGAACUAUCCACCUCAAACCACAGUAAUCGACUGAAAGGAUACGAUUCGGGAUUCCUCGAACCAUUGGACAGCAGCACUCCUCAAAAAGGACACGUGUCGCGGUUCGAAGAACGCACCUUUGAAGAACAAAAAUACGGUUCGAACGGCGUCGCUCCUCCGGUCAGAAGUCACGAAGUAAAAAAAGAAGUAUUUUAUAAUGGCGAACCCAUCGAGAGAUACCACAAUAAAUAUUCAAAUAACGACUCGACGAAAGACUUACUUUACACCGGAGGUAGCCUGAGACACAGAGAACCUUCGCCAGGCAGACAAUUACAAGAAGUUUACCAUUACGAGACUAAAAGCUCUUCAACCAAAAAAAGCUCCGACCCUUCGCCCCAACGAUCGAUAUCGAGAAACUACAAUUACGAAUCGGAUGUCACCGAUAACGCCACAUCUUAUCCUUACGACUACAACAGAUCACCAUCGCCGGCCAGAUCGAUCCAUAAUUACAGCAGUAACACGGUCAGAGAAAGCACAACCCAUAGAUCACCUUCGCCAGUCAGAUCGUACUAUUCGACCACGUCUUCUGUACGAAGCAACACGACUCCUCAACCGAUCACUAAGAAUUUAUACUCUUCAUCGUCGAAAACCAUCCAAGAGACUAGCCGAAGAGAAACCCAGCGUUCACCCUCGACCCCACCUCCUCAUCGAUCCCCUUCACCAAUGUCGUUCGCUCAGCCACCAGAUCCGCCGUUGGAAACGUCGGUCAAAAGUUACAACUUUGAACGGAAUAUUCGACCUCAGUCGCCGAAUUUGAAACAAAAGUUUAGCCCUUCUGAUCCUAGUCGCGAUGCUAUUCCUGGUCAUACGGUAAUUUCGCCUAAUUACAAAUACUCCAGUCAGCAGACCCAAAGGUCCAAGUAUCCGCCUGAUGAUGAUUACACGUAUAGGCCGGAACCGACGCCGCACACUGGACCGGCCGCCAUCAUUUCUCAAAAAAUUGACAUGCGCGCACUUUUCAUUAGGCCGGUCCAGUGUGCGCCGGCUUAUACGAGACCUUUCGUCCCUUCACCUUCGCCGCCUCCUGAAGUUAGAGAGCAAAGACCACCGAAACAUGUUGACGAUUUGAUGGCUUCGUUUUCUGAUACCGAACACCGUCAAGAAGUAUUCAAUCGUUACCACACCAGUCGUUCUUCAUCGACCUAUCGAUGCCCCACACCAGGUCCCGAAAAAAUAGUACAAGUCAAAAAGCCUUCACCUCCAUCAACUCCGACUCAAAAAGCUGAACCUCAAAAACUAACCGAAUACAGGAAAGAAAAAGUAAACGGAGUUGCUGGUCCUGCAGUGUACUACCCUCCCGGACCAUUAUUCACAAAAAAGGAAGAAUCUACCGCAAUGCAAAAGUGCGAGGCAGGAGGAGGAAUGAAAGCUAAAAGGAAGGCUAAAUACGAGUACAAAAGUGGUAGCAAAAUGAAGGAAGAUUCAGACGUUAAAAAGACAAUCGUGCCGAUGUGUUGUCCUGUCUGCUGCGCUUUGCCUUGCGCCAUUAUGUAAUUUUUCAUCUUCGAAGAUUUCUCUUCAUUUAUCUUCUUGUGAUCGAAAUUAGUACAAGAAGAAUAGUAGGAGGAGGAAGGGAGGGAGAUAGGGACGAAGAUACGAGUAUUAAAAAAAUUGAAAUCAAAUUUUUCCAUGUUACCAAAAAAAUCUGUCAAUUUUAUUCACUACGAAUGCGAAAGUAUGUUUUUCUAGACCUACCUAUCUGUAUUACUAUUUAUACGUCGCACUUAAUUUGAAUUUUUAAAUCCACCUUCGAGUAUUUAUUUGUUUUACGUUGAGAAAUUUUGUUCAUCUGACAUUAAUUAUGUGAAUAAUUUUUAUAAUUUAAUCAUUCAUCUAUGCAUUAAAAAAGAUUUGUAACAAUAUAAAUAAAACUUUUUGUAACAUUGUAAUUGUUAUUCUGUUAAAAUAAAAAAUUUAAUUUUGA